AAACAGGACAUAUAUAUAAAAUAGAAUUGGAUUUGGUUGGAAGGAACCGGCCGCCUAAAAUUGAAUUGCAUGCAAUGACGCCGAUUAUCAAAGACCUCCAGCUAACGGAGGUCGAUAGCGGCGGCGGCGGCUUUCGUGAUUCUUCGGCGAUCGAUAUAGGCGGUAACCUCGAGGACGUUAGACUUUUAGAUUCUUAUGAUCACGAUGAUAAUAAUGAUAGGAAAAUUAGUAAUAAUAAUAUUGUUAAGAAAAAUGAUCAAGAAGGCGUGACCAGGGUUCAGGUGGGUAUCACGGGGAUGACGUGUGCAGCGUGUUCUAAUUCCGUUGAAGGUGCACUUAUGUCGUUAAACGGCGUCGUUAGUGCUUCUGUUGCUUUGUUGCAGAAUAAAGCUGACAUUGUCUUUUUUCCUAAUUUGGUUAAGGAAGGCGAUAUUAAGAAUGCAAUAGAAGAUGCAGGAUUUGAGGCAGAGAUUCUACAAGAUCAGGGUGCUCCAAAGGCAAAAUCACAUGGAACUCUAGUAGGGCAGUUUAUAAUUGGAGGCAUGACAUGUGCAGCUUGCGUUAAUUCUGUUGAAGGUAUUUUACGAAAGCUUCCUGGUGUUAAAAGAGCUAUGGUUGCUCUCGCUACUUCACUAGGUGAAGUGGAGUAUGAUCCUUCUAUAACCACCAAGGAAGAAAUCAUCACUGCAGUCGAAGAUGCCGGUUUCGAGGCUUCUCUUGCACAAAGCACUGGACAGGAUAGGAUCACGCUAGGUGUAACUGGAAUAUUCAAUGACUUGGAUGUACAUAUGUUAAAUGAAAUACUAUGCAACUUGAAAGGAGUGAGACAGUUCGGUUUUAACAAGACAUCAAGUGACUUGGAUGUCCUCUUUGAUACUGAGAUCCUUAGUCCCAGAUCAUUAGUUGAUGCUAUAAAUGAAGAAAGCUGUGGGAAUUUUGAAGUCCAUGUAAAGAACCCUUACAUGAGAAUGGUUUCUAAAAACCUAGAAGAAUCCUCACAUAUGUGGCACCAAUUUAUGUUCAGUUUGUCUCUUGGUAUUCCUAUCUAUGCAAUGCGUUUCAUCUGUCCACAUAUCCCUUUUCUCAAUUCCAUAUUACUCUCCUGGUUUGGACCAUUUCAAUUUGGGGAUUGGUUGCGUGUGAUAUUAGUCAGCAUCGUUCAGUUUGUUAUUGGGAAGCGUUUUUAUCUUGCAGCUUUUCGAGCAAUCCGUAAUGGCACCACAAACAUGGAUGUUUUGGUGGCACUGGGAACUUCAGCUGCAUACUUCUAUUCUGUUUAUGCACUUUUGUAUGGUGCAAUUACUGGGUUUUGGUCUCGAAAAUAUUUUGAAACAAGUCCCAUGUUAAUAACGUUUGUAUUGUUCGGGAAAUACCUGGAAAGUGUCGCAAAAGGGAAAACGUCAGAUGCUAUAAAGAAAUUGGUGGAGCUUACUCCUUCAACGGCUUUACUGCUUAUUCAAGACAAAGGCGGUGAUGUUAUUGGUGAAAGGGAAAUUGAUGCAUUACUUAUUCAACCGGGUGAUGUAUUAAAAAUUGUUCCCGGUUCGAAGGUUCCAGUUGAUGGUUUUGUUGUAUCAGGUUCAAGUUAUGUGAAUGAAAGUAUGGUUACUGGUGAAUCAGCACCUGUUUUGAAGGAGACUAAUGCAUUAGUGAUUGGAGGCACAAUUAACUUACAUGGAUCCCUACAUGUUCAAGCUACUAAAAUAGGUUCCGACACAGUUUUGAGCCAGAUUAUUUCUUUGGUUGAGACAGCACAAAUGUCAAAAGCUCCUAUCCAGAAGUUCGCUGACUUUGUUGCCAGCAUUUUCGUCCCUACAGUUGUUGCUUUGUCAAUGACAACAUUCAUCUUAUGGUUUAUUAGUGGAGUUCUUGGAGCUUACCCAGAAGACUGGCUACCUCAAAAUGGCAACUACUUUGAUUUUGCACUUAUGUUUUCUAUUUCAGUGGUGGUUGUUGCAUGUCCAUGUGCACUUGGUCUAGCCACGCCAACCGCUGUCAUGGUUGCAACUGGAGUUGGAGCCAAUAAUGGUGUUCUGAUUAAAGGAGGAGAUGCAUUAGAGAGGGCUCAGAAGAUUCGUUAUGUGAUAUUUGAUAAAACCGGGACUCUUACCCAGAACAAAGCUGCAGUUACCACUGUCAAAGUGUUCACAGAAAUGGACCGAGGAGAGUUUCUGACAUUGGUCGCAUCUGCUGAGGCUAAUAGUGAACAUCCCAUAUCAAAAGCAAUACUUGAAUAUGCUCUCCAUUUCCAUUUCUUUGAGGAUCCAAAUGUAGCCACAAAUUCUAAAAAACAGAGCAACGAUGCAACAAAGACUACAUGGCUUUUUGAUGCGUUGGAUUUCUGUGCUAUUCCUGGAAGAGGCAUUCAGUGUUGCAUCAAUGAGAAGCAGAUUUUGGUUGGAAACAGAAGUUUGUUGGCUGAGAAAGGGGUUAACAUUCCAACCAAUGUUGAAACUUUUGUGGUGGAUCUAGAAGAGAAUGCAAAGACUGGGAUAUUGGUGGCAUAUGAUUCUGAACUCAUUGGGGUUCUGGGAGUUGCAGAUCCUUUAAAGAGAGAAGCAGCUAUUGUAGUAGAAGGCCUUUUCAAAAUGGGUGUGCGGUCCAUCAUGGUUACUGGAGACAAUUGGCGUACUGCUAAAGCAGUUGCGAAAGAGGCAGGAAUUCAAGACGUGAGGGCAGAGGUGAUGCCAGCUGGAAAAGCUGAAGUUAUCCGUUCCUUCCAGAAAGAUGGAAGUACAGUUGCUAUGGUUGGUGAUGGCAUCAACGACUCCCCUGCCUUGGCGGCAGCAGAUGUCGGCAUGGCUAUUGGGGCAGGAACAGAUAUUGCAAUAGAAGCUGCCGACUAUGUUCUUAUGAAAAACAACUUAGAAGAUGUAAUCACAGCCAUUGAUCUUUCAAGAAAAACCUUUGCCCGUAUCCGUUUAAAUUACGUUUUUGCCAUGGCUUACAACAUUGUGGCGAUUCCUCUAGCAGGUGGAAUUCUAUUCCCAUGGUUAAAAGUGAAAUUGCCUCCAUGGGUUGCUGGUGCAUGUAUGGCACUCUCAUCUGUAUGUGUAGUUUGCUCUUCUUUGCUUCUGAGACGGUAUAGAAAACCCAGACUCACUACUAUAUUGGAAAUAACCCUAGAGUGAACUAUUAGCAGAAGCAUGAAGAGAUUGUGUUAUAUUGUUCGAAGUUCUGCUAGGCUUACUAGUUGUAGUCUUGUUGUGCAUGUAUAUAUACCUCCUUAAUGUAAGUCAAUCUGUUUCUAAGUUGACCAAGAAGAUUUGAUCGGCAGGAUUAGGCGAAUGUUUUCAUGUGUUGUCUUCGAUUUAGUUCUAUUAAAAUUAUUUUUGUAAUGAGAAGGAAGUUUUUAUUUAUUUUCCUCUUCUUUUUUGUUGAUU